GGGUGCCCCGCGCGCGCGCGCGCGGCCAUGCCGCGCCCAGUCCCGGCAGCCCCCGCGCGCCGCCCCCGCCAGGAUUUGAAGAUGAAGCGCCCCGCGGCCGUCGCCGCGCUCUUGCCCGUCGAGUGGCGGCUCUACCUCAGCGAGACCCGCCUGGCCACCUACCGUAGCUGGCCCUUCACCGAGGACUGCGCCUGCACCCCGGAGCGGAUGGCAGCAGCCGGAUUCAUCCACUGCCCCAGCGAGAACGGGCCCGAUGUGGUGCAGUGCUUCUUCUGCUUCAAGGAGCUGGAAGGCUGGGAGCCUGAGGAUGACCCCGUAGAUGAGCACAGGAAACACUCCUCUGGCUGCGCUUUUCUCUCCCUCCGUAAGAACCCUGUUGACCUGACACUGCAGGAAUUCCUGAAACUGGACAAGGAACGAAUGAGAAACAUGAUUAAAAAGCAAAUCUCUCAGAAAGUGACGGCAUUUAAGGAAGAAUCAGAGCAUGCACGUCGUGAUAUUGAGAAGCUGGUCUCCUAGGCCCCUGCGACUUGCCUUGUGUAGUGUCUGGCUUGUAUAUAUGUUCUCUAGAGUUUCC